GGGCGUCUGACCCAGGGAAGCUGUGCCGCUCCACCUGGUACAUCGAGGACAGCGGUACUGAAGAAGACCCAACUCCGAGGCUGCAGCAUCCUCGACGGGAACGCUCCUGCUCGGCCCGCGGGCCCCCUUGCUUUAGGCCUUUUUAUUAUAAUAAAUGCUGAAACCACUUUUAGUACCGGGAGUCUGGUCCCGUUUUUAACAGAAUGAAGAUUUUCCAAGGGAAAUUCAGGUUGGACAUCAGGAAAAGGUUCACCCUCUGAGAGGGUGGUCGAUCCCUGGAAGAGGCUUCACAGGGAAUUUGUCACGGCACCAAGCCUGGCAGAGCUCAAGGAGCAUCUGCGCAAUACACGCAGAAACGUGGUUUAGUUUUAUGUCGUGCUGCGAGGAGCACGAAUUCCAACUCUCUGACGCCGUCGCGUUCCUUCGCUGGGAAGGAAGCUCGGCUGUCCCCGCCCGGCCGCUUCCUGCCGGCGCCUGUUGUGGAUCCGGGGCAGGCGUAGCAUGGAGCAGGCGGCUGAGGGAGAUGCAGAGAUGCUGGGGACACCCGACCCGGAGCUGGCGUCCACCAUGGGCUUCUCCGGCUUCGGGAAGAAGGCUCGGACUUUCGACCUCGAAGCCAUGUUUGAGCAAACGAGAAGAACUGCAGUGGAGAGGAGCAGGAAGGUCUUGGAGGCCCGUGAAAGAGAAAAAGACCAGACUGAAAAGGAGUUUCGAAUUCCAUACGCUGCUUCAUCAGUUUCAGCAUCCAGAGCAACAGGACCUGGGUCCACAUUAACUGAAAGAGAGGCAGUGUGUAGUGAAAGUGAGGACAACUCAAAUGAGGCGUUAAGUGGUCCUUCUACGCAAUCCCAGAGUUCUGCUAAAGGUCCAGCUGAGGAUACUGAUGAUGAUGAUGAUGAUGAUGAUGAUGAUGAUGAUGAUGAUGAUGAAGAAUUCAUUGGGCCACCACUUCCCCCUGGGUUCAAGGAUAGUGAUGACGACAAUGACAAUGAUGAUACAGAGGAGGAAGAUAAUAACCCUGUCAAGAAAAUUCCAGAUUCUCAUGAAAUUACGCUGCAGCAUGGAACAAAGACAGUUUCUGCUCUCGGGUUGGAUCCUUCAGGUGCUCGUUUGAUAACUGGUGGAUAUGAUUAUGAUGUAAAAUUUUGGGAUUUUGCUGGAAUGGAUGCCUCUCUCCAAGCUUUUCGGUCACUUCAGCCUUGUGAAUGUCACCAAAUCAAGUCUUUACAGUAUAGCAGCACAGGAGAUGUCAUUCUCGUUGUCUCUGGUAACUCUCAGGCAAAAGUUCUUGACAGAGAUGGCUUCCCAGUAAUGGAAUGCAUAAAGGGAGACCAGUACAUCGUGGAUAUGACAAACACAAAGGGUCACACAGCAAUGCUUAAUUCAGGCUGUUGGCAUCCAAAGAUAAAGGAAGAAUUUUUGACGUGUUCUAAUGAUGGAACUGUGAGGACUUGGGAUGUUAACAAUGAAAAAAAGCACAAAAGCGUAUUUAAGCCACGAUCAGUUCAAGGUAAACGAGUGAUUCCUACAACUUGCACAUACAGCAGAGAUGGGAAGCUAAUUGCAGCUGGCUGUCAAGAUGGUUCUAUUCAGAUCUGGGACAGGAAUAUGAGUGUACAUACGAAGUUCCACUGCAGGCAAGCCCAUGCUUCAGGCACUGACACUUCAUGUUUGACAUUUUCCUAUGAUGGUACUGUCCUUGCCAGCCGAGGAGGAGAUGAUACUUUAAAGAUAUGGGAUAUUAGACAAUUUAAAAAACCUCUUAAUUCAGCAGAUGGACUGCCUAGCUUCUUUCCGAUGACAGAUUGUUGUUUCAGUCCAGAUGAUAAGAUCCUUGUCACAGGCACCUCUGUUAAGAAGGGUGGUGGCAGUGGGAAGCUGUUUUUCUUUUAUCGUGAGACCUUCCAGAAGCUGUAUGAGAUAGAAGUUACAGAUGCGAGUGUUGUGCGUUGCCUUUGGCAUCCUAAGCUGAACCAGAUCAUGGUUGGUACUGGAAAUGGUUUAGCCAAAGUGUACUAUGAUCCUGUCAAAAGCCAGAGGGGAGCAAAAUUAUGUGUGGUCAAAACAAAACGAAAAGAGAGACAAGCAGAGACUCUCACGCAGGAUUACAUUAUAACACCCCAUGCGCUUCCAAUGUUCCGUGAACCACGACAACGAAGCACGAGGAAACAGCUGGAGAAGGAUAGAUUGGACCCCAUGAAGUCUCACAAACCUGAACCUCCAGUAGCAGGAGCAGGUCGUGGUGGCCGUGUUGGGACUCACGGGGUCACCCUGUCAUCAUAUAUAGUCAAGAACAUUGCCCUGGACAAGACAGAUGACAGCAAUCCUCGAGAGGCCAUUUUACGUCACGCAAAGGAAGCGGAGGAAAAUCCAUACUGGGUGGCUCCAGCAUAUGCUAAAACACAGCCAAAAACAGUUUUUGCAGAAGUGGAACCAGAAGAUGAUGAAACAGACAAGCCAGAAUGGAAAAAACGUAAAAUUUGAAAAAUAAUUUGUUUAAAGAAUAAUUUUGGAGCAUUUUAAACAAGAUGAAACAUUUAUUUCUUUAUUUGGGAUAGUAGGUCAAAAUUUGAAAGCAGAUAUUACUUCAAUUUAUAAAACUUGCUGCAGUAUAAAAAGGGGUUGUUGAAUUACACUGGCUUAAUCCCACAUCUGAAUUUUGUAAUAAGGAAUUCGUUAUAUUGUGCAAAUAACUCCUGUAUGUCAGUUACUUAGCUUUGUGAGUUAAGUGAAAAAUAUUUCUUUCUAAAUAAUGAAUUCAUUAUAUAGCCAAAUGUUGUGGUUUUUUUCAUUACUGCCAACUUUACAAAUGCCGUGUCAUGACAAUGUUCAAUGAAUUUUGGAAGUAUCCAAAUAAAAUAGUACAAUUUCUCAGACUCCUUUUUAUUUUUUCCAGUUAAGAGCUAACAGAUUACUGCUUUACAAGUGCAACAAAGUUUAGAUUAGUUAUUGUGUAAUACUCAAGUUUAGUUCAUUUGUUUGCUCACAUGAGUUACAAUUCAGUUCACACUCUGUGUGAAUCUUAGAAAACGUGCUUUCUAGUGUCUGUACUUCUUUGCAUGAUGUUCCUUUUCAGUAUGUGUAGUAUCUACAUUAGCACUGUAUACAGCUUAUAUUUUUAAAAAAAAUGUGAAAUUGAAAUAGACAGUUACAUAAUUUAGUGUAGUAAAAAUAAUGUGCUUAUUGCCAAGUUGAUGCAAAAUUUUGUUGAGGUUUGUUGUCCCUCUUAGUUUGUAUAGAUAAGUUUUAGGAUAGAGCAGAUAUGUGUAUUUAAUACCAGGUCUUUGUGUGUAUUGACCUUGUUGUAUACCUGAAUUAUGUGUAUCCUGCCUCACAUUUUCUGAAGACUGAUACUAUUCUUUAUAAAGUAGCUUGUCUAAAUAUGGAAAAUUCUUAUUUUGUAACACAAAAUUGCAGUUCUGAGUGUCAUAAAUAGAAGGAGAGAUUUAAAACUAAUGCAUGUCCUUUAAUGGAGAAUAAAGAACCGAAGUUAGUUUUAGGCCUUUAUGUUGUGAUUAUAAUAAUACACAGUAUGCUAAGUAUUGUGAUUAUAAUAAUACACAAUAUAAGAAGCAGUCUGCAUUUCCACUAAUAAUAAAGAGUAAUGGACAUGAUAAGCAA